CGGGUUCAUAUUACUCGAGCUGUGUGAGAGAAAGAACUGCCAGUGGUUAUAGUACACAUGAUGUGACCGGAGGGAAGGAGGGCUUGUGCCGGUAUAAUACCUCCUCUUUAGGGAACUACACCCCGAGGUCGCGGAAGGGUAUAACUUGGGGUCUUGCCAGGCCGGGGGAUCUUCACCUGUUUUGUUCUUCGGUCGCCAGCGCGGUUAAUUUAGUCGGUAUAAAGUUCAGCUUUGCUUAUUCUCCAUUUGGGCCACUAUCCCUUCAAUAGGUUCUUGAUUAUACUGGUAGGUACUUUGUAGUCCGCAAAAUUCACAACUCAACACCAAACACCCGACCACUGUGGAUAGUACAUCACCAUUAAAAUGACUGACGAACUCCCCCCCUUUCCGCGCGCCGGGCCAUACAAAACCCUCACAGCUCAGUGCCACUGCAAGUCAACGCACUUCACCGUCAAGGUCCCGACUUCGGAUCUUCCACUCUCAGUCUACCUCUGCCACUGCAGCAUCUGCCGCUACACUCAUGGGACCCUUUGUUCCUUCCAAACCCCCCUCCCAUACGGAGUCGAACCGGACUUCGUCUCGCCCUCCUCGGUCGAGUCGUCCCUUACAGGGUACAUGCACGAGGAGGCAACCUUCGAACGCUUUUUCUGCACCACCUGCGGCUGCCACAUUGGCGAGCGCGGCCUGAGAGAGGAUCCAUCCACCGGGUUGGACGAUUGGUGUGUGACGAGCUCCAUCUUCGACACCCACGACGAAGACACCUUCCGGAUUCUCUCCCACAAUUUCCCCAACCCAACCACCGAACCCAACCUCGCCACCUGGCUGCCCUCGGUCAACGGCCGGACGAUCCACCCCUGGAACCCGUACCCGAGUGACCCCCGUUCCGCGCUGGCCCACGCCCGGCCCCCGGAACCAGACCUCCCCGACCGCAACCGCCUCCUCGCGCAAUGCCACUGCGGCGGCGUACGCUUCACCCUGCCACGCCCCUCAGAAGCCGAAGCAGCCCACCCCUUCCUCUCGCGCUACCUCCGCACCGGCCCAACCCCCUCCUCCGCUCCCCCCAACCCAGACACCACCGACAACGCCACCUCCACCACCUCCACGACCACCACCAACCCCGCCACCGACUCCGCCCACGCCCACACCCCCGCCACCGGCCCCCCGACCCUCAAGCGCCUAGCCUGCCUCUGCCUCUGCACCUCCUGCCGGCUAACCUCAGGCACCCACGCCGUCGCGUCCACCUACGCCCCCCUUCACGCGCGCGUUCUGUAGCGUGUGCGGUGCCACGGCGCUGUAUGCGGCCGACCAUCCGGACCGGGUGCGGGAUGGGGAGGUGGUGGUGGCGGUGGCGGUGGGGUUGUUGAGGGAUUGGGAGGGCAGUGUGGCAGUGGAGGGGUGGUUG